CCACACUCUUCGAGAGAAGCAGAGAGGAGGAACAUGGUGUUUUGUCUCUAGCCUCCAGGAUUUGGCCAUGGUUGCCCCUCAAUUUUCAGUUUUGGCUCCUCGCACUUCUUCUUGGACGAGAUAUCAGCACUCUGGGGAGGCGGGAGGAUUGCUCAGCAUUCCUUGAUACAGUAAAAGCGGAGACGUGUUUGAGAUAGCUAGCAGUGUGGCGCUCCAGGGCGUUCGGCAAAAGCUCCGUUGUAAGACUGCUGCGAAGGUCCUCAGCUCUGCUUGGGAGCUAUACAUCUAGCUUGUGAUCCUCGCACAGGUCUUUCUGCAAACGCAUGAGUAGCACAGGCAUUGACGGUCUCCAGUUUGCCCAAAUGUUGCUUAUUCUCGUUCUGUAGCUCACCCCUUCAUCUUGGACACCAACUAAUGGUCACCAACUACUGCUGAUACCUCACAACUGGUCAUGUGGGGCCAGUCAGGGACAGAGGCAGUCAGCAUUGCACAUACUGAGCCGAAGUGUAACUUUUAAGGGUACUUAGGUUCCGUACCGUUCGAAAGGGCAUCCCAAAGUAUUGUGUGUCGCGCACGAUUUUCUUCCAUGGCGGAAGAACCCACCCAGGCGCCAGCAGGUUCGGAGGGACAGGAGGCCCGCUUUGGUGUCACUGCUGAUGAGCUCAGCAAAUUGUCAGCAGAUGGUGGCAUUGAGUAUCUUCAACACCUGGGCAGGGUUGAGGCGUUGGGGAAGAAACUGCGCACAGAUUUAGAGGGUGGCCUCCCUGGCACAGAGGACGAUCUCCAGCAGCGGCGGGAUGCGUUCGGCACCAACACAUUUCCUGAGAAACCCACAAGGAGCUUGCUUUCCUUUCUCUACGAGGCAAUGCAAGACACGACGCUCAUCAUUCUGGCAGUCUGCGCCGUUGUUUCUCUGGGCGUAGGCCUGGGAACUGAGGGGGUGGAGUCCGGCUGGUAUGACGGGGCUGGAAUCGUCUUUGCGAUUGUCCUGGUUGUUUUGGUCACAGGCGUCAAUAACUACCGGCAGGCGGGCCAGUUCCGCGACCUCAACGCGGAGAAACGGAAGAUCAUGCUCCAGGUCAGCCGGGGCGGGCGGCGGGUGCGGGUAUGCAUAUACGACCUCGUGGUCGGGGACAUUGUGCACUUAGCCAUCGGGGAUCAGGUCCCUGCGGACGGCGUUUUCGUGUCCGGCCACUCCCUGACCGUCGAUGAGUCGAGCAUGACCGGUGAGAGCGACCCCGUGCACAAGGACGCCGGACACCCGUUCCUGGUGUCCGGCUGCAAAGUCUCGGACGGUUUCGGACGCCUCUUGGUGACCGCGGUCGGGAUGCGGACGGAGUGGGGCAAGGUCAUGGCGACGCUGAACGAGAGCGAGGAGCAGGAGACGCCGCUGCAGGCGCGGCUCAAAGUGGUGGCCACAGUUCUUGGGAAGCUGGGCCUGACGGUGGCGGCACUAGUAUUUCUGGCACUCAUGAUCAGAUGGUUCGCGACCACCGACUUCCACAACUUCCGCGGCAAGGACCUGCAGCAGAUCGUCAACUUCUUCGCGAUCGCCGUCACCGUCGUCGUCAUCGCCGUUCCGGAGGGGCUGCCCCUGGCCGUCACGCUGACGCUGGGCUACUCAAUGCGGAAGAUGAUGGCGGACAAGGCCCUGGUGCGACACCUGGCCGCCUGCGAGACCAUGGGGUCCGCCACCACCAUCUGCAGCGACAAAACCGGCACGCUCACGCUUAACCAGAUGUCCGUGGUAACCAGUUGGGUGGCUGGCAAGCGUCGCGACGUGGAAUCGACGGCUGUGGAGCUCCGACGGCCGGCGAUGGACGUCCUGCUGGAGGGCGUGUUCCAGAACACGAGCGGAAGCGUCUUCCAGCCGGAAGGCUCAGCGGAACCGGAAGUCACCGGAAGCCCCACCGAGACAGCGGUCCUGGCGUGGGGUCUUAAGUUGGGUGGCAGUCCCGGCAAAGUGAAGGGGCACUCGCGCGUGUUGACAGUAUCAUCCUUCAACUCCUUAAAGAAGCGGAUGGGCGUUGCUGUAAAGGACAGCGCGGGGAGCGUUAGAGUGCACUGGAAGGGCGCGGCGGAGAUCAUAGUCGAGGAGAGCGCGCACUUUGUGGAUGAGACGGGAACGCUGCAGGUUGUGACUGACGAGAAGAGAGCCGAGCUCAACCAGGUGAUCGACGACAUGGCCCAACGCAGCCUGCGCGCGCUCUGUCUCGCUUACCGAGAUUUGAGCGCGCGCGAGCACCCAGAGAGCGAGGACGACUUUGAGCGGUGGGCGAUCCCCGAGGGGGGGCUCACCUGCUUAGCAAUCGUAGGCAUCAAGGACCCCCCCAGACCGGGGGUGCCGGAGGCCGUGGCGAAGUGCCAAGCAGCGGGAGUCAUGGUCCGUAUGGUUACGGGCGACAACCUGGCGACCGCCAAAGCCAUCGCCGCCGAGUGCGGCAUCCUCACGUCCGGGGGGGUCGCCAUGGAGGGCCGCGAGUUCCGAACGCUCCCCCCUGCAGCGCAGCGCGAAAUCCUACCGACCCUGCAAGUGCUCGCGCGCUCUUCUCCGACGGACAAGCACACGCUCGUGAAGCUGCUAAAGCGGUCGGGGGAAGUGGUCGGGGUUACCGGUGACGGGACGAACGACGCGCCCGCGCUGAGGGAGGCGGAUAUUGGGUUAUCGAUGGGGUUAUCCGGAACGGAGACGGCCAAGGAGAGCUCGGACAUUGUAAUUCUGGACGAUAACUUUGCGUCGUGCGUCAAGGUGGUGCGGUGGGGCCGCAGCGUGUUCGCCAACAUCCAGAAGUUCGUGCAGUUCCAGCUAACCAUCAAUGUGGUUGCGCUAACCGUGAACUUCGUGUCCGCGGUCGCGUCCGGGAGCGCGCCACUGACCGUUGUCCAGUUGCUGUGGGUCAAUCUGAUUCAAGAUACGCUAGGCGCUCUGGCGCUGGCCACAGAGCCGCCAACUGACGACCUCAUGGAGCAGCGGCCCGUGGGGCGCAGGGAACCGCUCGUGACGAACGUGAUGCUGCGCAACAUUCUGGGGCAGUCGGUGUACCAGCUGGCGGUGCUUCUGACGCUCCAGUUCGGCGGGGGGGGUAUCUUUGGGCUGCACGAAACAGAGCGAAGAGACCCCACGGGAGAGCACAAAACGCAUGCGCAAAAGGAGCAGAUCACGCUGAUCUUCACGGCCUUCGUUUUGUGUCAGGUCUUCAACGAGAUCAACUGCAGACGGCCGAACAAGUUCAACGUCUUCCAGGGGCUGUUCACCAACAUGCUUUUCCUCACCGUUCUAGUUGUCACCGUCGUUGGCCAGUUUGUGCUUGUGACGUACGCGGGAGCGUUCGCGACCACCGUUUCUCUGAGCUGGUCCCACUGGCUGAUCUGCCUAGGCAUUGGAGCAGUCAGCAUACCGGUGGACUUCUUAACGAAAUUGAUUCCGGUUCCGAGGAAGUCUUUGUGGUCGCGCUUUGAAAGGUCCCGGCAACGGCCGGUUCCUGUGGAUGACGAAACUGAGUUGGUUUAGUUUUUCAGAAGAACAAAUAGAUGGUGAAACAGACUUUCAAUAGAUAAGAAGACGGGUGUUGUCAGAAGACAAGACGGCUUGAUCAGAUGGGUAAAGAUAAGACGGGUUCACUUAGAAGCCGAGAUGGCUGAUUAGAUGAUGAUACGACGGAAGUUGUUUGAUGAUGAGUUGAAAGUGGUCAUGGCGUCAAGCCACAAUGAUUGGAAGAUGAGGUCGAAUAAUUGAAUAUUGAACGCAGCUUAGUAAGCAUCUGAGUGCGAUAAACAAGUUGUACAGAUUGUGCAAGUACAAUUUCAAGUACAAGUUGUACUGAUCCAGCUGUAAAGUCAGCGCAAUUGAGCUGAACUUCUGAUUCAUGUAUAAGAAGCUCUGCGUAUGUAGUUUUAUUCGCCG